AUGUCUGAUCAACUUAGUAUUCAAGAAUCCAGAAAACGUGCAAGGGAGUAUGUGGAUAAAGAUAAGAAAGUUGUUAUGGCGGUUGAAAUAACAUGGAAUCAAAAAGAACGUAUGAAUAGACGAAAAAUUUGGAUGGACACGUUGAUGAAUGAUAGAAUAUGUAGGGAGCAAUUACGUCUAGACAAACGUUGUUUUGAAAAAUUGUGCAAUAUUUUACAAUCCAAGGGUGGUUUAGUGACUACAAGAUAUGUUACAGUGAAAGAAAUUGUUGCAAUGUUUCAUCAUGUUCUUGCACAUGAUUUGAGAAAUAGAACAAUACAAGCAACCUUUGCUCGUUUUGGAGAGACUAUUAGUCGACAAUUUCAUGUAGUUCUUAAAGCACUGCUCAAGCUUGGAAAGUAUUAUAUAAAACCAUGUAAUAACCAGAGAAAUUACACAAAGGAUACAAAGUGGAAUAGGUUUGAGGGCGUUGCUGGAGCUCUCGAUGGGACUCAUAUUAAAAUGAAUGUGCCUACUGAGGAUCGAGCUCGCUACCAAGAUAGAAAGGGGGACAUUAGCACCAAUGUUUUAGCUGCAUGUGAUUCAAAUCUUCGUUUUACUUACGUUUUUCCUGGUUAG